GAAUGACUUAAUUUAUGCCAAUAUUUCGAUUUCAGAAAAAAAUUUAAUGCAACAAAUUGGGCAGUUAAAUAAAGUUAUCAUGGCGUAGGCCUAGUAGAACUAAAUAAUAAUAAGCUACUGUAUUAUUUUGUAAACAUUCGCAGAUUUGUAAAGCUUAUUCGCCUUUUCUUAAAAUGGGAGACUAUCAGCCGUUGAGAUCUGACGAUGGUCACGUCAACGCUAGUGCAACAUCCCGAAACAAACCACCUGUCUACUACAAGAAACCUAUGUCCCCAUUGCGAAGAGCUGCGUUUGUCUUUUCCGUCUUACUGUGUAUUACAGUCAUCACAGUAUUCCUGUGGGUCAUCCCAUGCGAUUGGUCUAAAUGUCCAGCGAGAGCCAAACAUCAACCCAUCAUGUCAUGGGAACGCUCCAUUGAAGGAUUGGAAAUCAAAGGUCCACUGAAAAUUGUGAGAGGCGCCCAAGGACUAAAUAUUGUAGCCAUGUACAAGGCACCUGUCCAGAAAUCCGAUUUGGGCAGAGGUUAUGACCAGUUCCCACCAAAAGGUCUGAUAUCUUUUAUGGGAACGACGGGAAUAAUAGCUUGGUUCUUCGGAGCUCCUUCACCCACCCACCUGGAUUGCCUGUCCCUCAAGAUCAAUGACAACUCUCUGCAGGAUUGCUUAGUCCGAGGGUCCAGAGGCUAUUUGGCUGCGGUCGACGCACUUUCUGGCAUUUUUAAGUGGCGUGCAGGCGCGAAUAAGUUCCGAUUGGUGGAUGUGUCAUUCCCCGUAGUCACGCCAGACUUGAACUACGAUGGAUAUCACGACUUGGCUGUUACGACGAGAAACAAGCAAAACAGCCAGUUCAUCGCUAUCAUCUCCGGACAGACAGGAUCGGUAUUGGGAAAGCCUAUGGAAGUUAAAGGCUGUACUGACAUCAACAAUUUGACCUUAGACAGAGACUACACACUGUAUUAUAACUGCAGAAAAAACAACAACAGCACUGGAAAAACGAUGAGUGUGGGCCAGAUUGCGCUUGUGUCAGCUGUUCAAGCUAUGACCAACCACACAGUAGAGCCCCGUGGCAGUGUCUCACCCCCCGCCAAGCAUCUCGGCAAUGAGUGGACGGUGAACAACUACAGACUGAAUCUUCAAAACUCCGGCUCAUCUCCUGCAGACUAUCAGGUGGUCAUCUCAGUAGUAGACCAUCACAACCAGAGUGUAUGGAACCCCACAUUGCAGCAGACAUACGCCAUGACUCCAGUAAUAUUGCAUCUACAACAUGCCAUCUCUGGGUUCCUGCUAAAGUUCUGGUACUGGCACAAUCCCACUGAACAGAGAAAAGACAAGAACGGUUACCUGGUGAACACCAUAAGUGAGAGGGUGGUGUUGGUGACCUUCAAUGCUACUGGUAGUGUCCACAUCGUCAACGCCAGUCAAACAGAGAUUAUACAACUGUGCUCAAACAGCACAUGUCAGCCACAGUUGGUGGAUCAGAUGGACUCACUGCUUAUAGUAGAUCUGGACGAAGACGGAUCACAAGAAUUGAUCUCCUACUUGGUAACUUACGUGGGAGACGACAAACCUGGCACUUGGCGGCUUCAGUCCCGAGUUCGCCUCAUCCGACUGGAGGCCGAACUUCCCAAACUGUACGAGGCCAUUGAAGGCCACAAAGCACAACUUCUCGUCUCUAAAUCUGUGAACCGCCUGUAAACUAAGGCUUCACAUUUCACUAUGGAUUUCUGUUGCAUACCUGUUUAAAAGGCUGAAUUUUUUGUUCCUGAGUUUUUUUUUACAUCAAUAACGAUAUAUUGUGACUGUCUAAUCAUAUAUUUUCCUUAGAUUUUAUGUUAGGUUCUUAAUUUUUUUUUUUAUUAGUUAACAUCUACUUCUUUAUCUCUGUUUCACGCAUACCUAGUUUACAAUGUAAGCUGUUGGUUGAAUGUUUAUACAACCCUCCUAAUAAUGUAUAAGUUCAAUUUUAUAUUGAAAAAAGUUAGUAGCUUUUUGUGUGGUUUGAAACUAGAAAACUGGACCCAGCUUUCUUUAAUAAUUGGACUUUUUCUUAAGAUCCUGGCUAAAGCAAGAGCUCAUAAAUAUUCGGUUGAAAAGCUAAGCAAGGCAUCACAUUUUGUUAGAAACAGCCAAUGUUGUUGUCUAGCAAAAAGCUUAUUGAUACCUUAUGUGGUAUUAAUUAGUUAUGUCCUUAUCUUGAAUGAUUUGAUUUGUGUUGUGUGAUUAUUAUCUGAUAAUAUUGUUUGUUGUUUAUUUUUAAAGAUAUUUUUAUUUUAUUUUACCCUUUCUAUACAGCCAAAACAAUGUUCCUGUUAAAAAACAUACACUUUGGAAUGAAUCUAUUUUUCCUUUUUGGAAGUAGUAUGUGUUUCUCAACCAUGUUGUAUGUCUUUGUAGAAUUACCCUAGUUAUAUUAUUAUUUAGUUAUAAUCAUAAUUAAAAUUGUUGUGACUAUAUUUAAGUUUAAAGUCUAUUUGAAUUGUUAAGUUUUGUCGCCUUUUACUAUAAUAAAAAUGAGUUAAAUACUUUUUGUUUGACCAAUUUGAUGACAGGCAUAUCAAAUAAUGUCUACUGUCUAUUACCAAUACUGUAAAAUCUUCUCACCAAUUUUAUGAUGUUUUCGAUUCCACUUACAUUGCCCUGGCAUAGUGAAAUUUAUUUAAAAUAAUUUAUUCUGGCAUAAGUUGCACUAACUUAUUACACAAAAAAAAACUUUUUAAAUAUUUCAGAACUUCCUAUUCAAGAAAAAUCUUAAGUGUCUUCACUUGACUAACCGACAGGCGAAUCUUAAACUUCAAAUAUUGUUUGAAGGAGUAGGGCUCAAACACAGUUAUCCAACCAAAAACAGCUUGGUCUUAUCCUAGAUUGAUCUUUCAAAUAGCGACCUAAAAAGAUUAUACGGUACAGUAGCUUUAGAAAGAUCAAAGAUGAUCCGACUAAAGAAGUAACUAAUUAUACAAACUUUAUUUUGUAGAAGACAUGUUUACAAUGUAUUUGUACAGUAAUUGCGUAGCUUACAUUUAUGAUUACAUUUUUUUUUUUUAUUGUUAGCUGUGUUUUAUAGCUUAUUGUUACACAUUUUUUGUUUGUUAUAAUUGUUCUGCUUUAUUCCUUGCCUACACUUUAGGCGUUAAAAAAAGUUUUGUAAUUUUUGGUUCCUUUAGUGUAAUGUUUUUAUAGUUGAAAAUGUUAAUAAAUAUUUGAAAGCACGGCAAAUGUUAAAUAUACUUUCACCGAUUACAAAUUUAAUUUUUAUGUGUCUACUUACAGUUUUUUGCUCUCCACAUAACUUCCUCCCCUAAGUGUAAGUUGGCGCAAAAACUUGGACUUACCCAAAUUACCAUCUGAACUGCUCAAUGGACCUUAAAUUUGUAAUCUUUGAUUUAGUUUUUCAAAUACUUAGAACAUAACUCUAUGACAAAAAUUUACUGCAUUUUCGGAUUUAACAUAAAAAAACUGAGGUAGUAUAAACAAACAGCAUCAGCAAUAGCAAUCUGACACGUACUAUCUCUUUCUCCCAUUAGCUUGUCAACAACCCUUAUCAUGGCACAUGGGUGAGAGUAACUUUGAUAAUUUAAGAGGAAAAUCACAAAAGUUGUAAUAACUUUAUUUAUAACGGUAAUUUUUACAGUAAUAGGGGUUGUACUGUUUCGUUUAGAGUUAAAAGGACUAACAAACUCAAUUUCAAUCAAAAUGUGUAAAUUUUUUAUUUGAUUUUUCUGUUAUUUAAUUUUUGUGGGGAGAAUCACAAAAGUUGUCAUAAAUUUUGAACCAUAUUUUUUAUACCAAUGGGGGUUGUAUCUUGUUUAGAGACAAAAUGACUAAUAUAUAGUAAAUUAAGUUCAAAAUCGUUAAGGCCAUUUUUGAGCAAAUGAGAUGUUUCCAUUAUUUUAUGGGUUUUUAUGAGAAAACCACCGUUAAAAUCAAAAUUUCAAAAAAUAAAAAAAUAACUUCUAGACUUAGAUUAGUACACACCACACCAAAUUUCACCAAAAGCAGCUCUAUACACAGACAUCCCUUCGAAACCCACUUUUUUGGGUUUAGGGGUCCCAAAACGGAUAUCCACAAAAAACUCAUACUCAAAAAUGUUUGACAAAAACAAUACUUUCUCCGUAUACUAUGGAAUAAGGGGAGAAAUAAAAAAUUUAAUUUGUAAUCGGUGAAAGUAUAAUAUACAACUUUUAUCAAAAGCACAUUCAUUAUGCUGACAAAAGUAAUGUUCUAGGCUAACAUAUGCUUGUAUUUAUAUUUUGUUUUAUACUAUCAUUAUCCAACCUUUAUAAGCAGAAUUAUAUAAUAUUUUUGGAGUUGGCUUUUUAUUGUACUAGCAUCAUUACAUUUCAUGUUAGCUAGUAUACAAGAGUUGACACUUAGCAGACGUCUUUUACGUUGCUUGCUGAAAUAAAAUGUUGAUGCUUGCUAACACAUAAAGUGGAAACUUGGGCUUCACGUCUAUACUAAAAAAUUUUGUUUUUAUCUGCCGUUUUUAUAUUUGCAUGAUGUCUUACGGCGAUUGAUGUUGUCAAAAUACAUCUUUGAGCCAAUAAGAGAAAAAGCCUAUGGAUAUUUUGAAUUAUUUAGAAAAACUUUCUUUUUUUGUGUACGGCAAUUUAAAAAUUUUGAUAAUUAAAUAACUUACGUCAUCAAUCCAUA